CGUUCCUUCUCCAGCGUGCCGACGACCGUUCCCGCGCCAGUUUAGCAGUUCUCGUCGCGCGCGCUGCGCGAAAUGUAACCGCGUGACCAAGCCGACCGCCCUGUGUGUUUUCAGUUACGGAACGCGAUGACUCUGUGAUCGAGCGUACGAUCGAUCGACCGCGGUCCUUGUCCGUCCUGGCGGGACCAACCGGCGCCACGCGUACGAUCAACCGUGGACCACAGUGUGAGCUUCGUUCGAGUCUUGCUGGACGUGUCUUGAUCGCAUAGCUCGUAAAGAUUGGAUCAAGGUGGAUAUCCUGGAAGGCGGUUCCUCGAAACUGUGUCACUCGCAUUUCAAGCGGUGACGGUGGCCGGUACAACACGUGUUCGAAGAAGACACUGAUGAACCUCUGGAUCUAGCGUGAAGGUAGCUAAACCUGUCGGAUGGAAUUGUUUUAUGAAGAUUCAUGGCUGGAUGUUCGAUACUUUGGGCAAGACUUCUAAUCGGUUGCUCUGAGUGAAAGAUCGUGUUGACGAAAGGUAAAGAGGAAUUUACUGAACAGGAGAAACUGUAGUGGGGAGGGGGGUUAAAGCAGGAGGUCGUGAUAUGUUCCCUUCGUCAGCGGCGAUGCUGAAAAAUCUGCAACAGAGUGCAAUGACCUCGCCCUUCUUGAUGGAGAACCUGCUCCAGAGCAAGGCGUCGCCCGGUGCCGACUUGACCAGCCUGACCUUGAACUGGGCGGCCAGCCUGGUAGCCAGACAACGCGAAAGAGAGUGCGAGGCGUCGCUGAGGAUCAGCAGGGAGAAAAUGUCUCCUUCGAACUCUAGUCAGGAGCAGCUUGAUCAACGAUCCUCCGGCGCACGUGGCAAUGAUCGACAGAACCCGGUCAUCGACUGCAGAGACCACCAAAGGGCCGCGGGCAGGAUCGAUCGUCAGAGUGAUCGUAUGCAAAUCUUGCGGGAUAAAGAAGUCGGGGAAAGAGGACAGAUCGCGUAUGUGGACGUGGAGAACGACAGGAUCGACGGGCACGUGAUCGUGGACCGUCUAUGCGCUAUGGAGAGGCUCUGCAACGAGAGGAUCGAGAACAGAUCUAGCUCGGGCAUGGACUCGUGUAACUCGAACAACGCUGAUGAAGAUCCGAAUGGUAUCGAGAUCGAGGGCGGUCUUCACGGGGAGAGGGAUAAGGACGAAGGGUUCCUGGGUGGUGAACACGUCACGAUACUGCAGCCGGAGAGACGGUACGACCUUGGAUGCAGAAACGUCAUGCACACGUCCGACGAGAUGACGAUUCAAGGGGAGAGAGAGGUGGCGGCGGUCGAGCGUGUCGCGGACAGGAUAGGCGAGAGAACGACCGCCUGCUCCUGCGGCGAUGAGCAGUGCUUAGGACCCGCGUGCAGGACCAUCCAGGAGAAGGAGAAGCCGCAGCUCAAGUUUAGCGUCAACGCUAUACUGGGCGGGAAUCAUGACAGGCGACCGCAUUCUGAGAAUUUUCAAAGUCUUCCACCAGAGGCAAUACCGGCGUUCCUCCAAAAUUUACAGAAUUCAGCGAGCUAUAACAUAGCGAAACCUAUCGCAAGACCAGCAGCUUAUCAUCCUUACCACAGGCCGAGUCAUCAGCCACCUCAGCGUCAUUUACCUCCCAAUGCACAUCAUACACUUCAACAAUUGUUCUAUAGAGGACCUUAUCUAACUGUUGCUGGCUCCGGAACCGGAGGUCAUCAUCCAGGUGCUCCGGGAGGCGGAACAGCGUUCCCAGGUGCGAUCCAAGGUGGUCUAGGUGACUUCGCCGGCACAGGCCUGGUGUUUCCAUGGGCGACAAACGCGCGAGGCAAACCUCGCAGAGGGAUGAUGCGAAGGGCAGUUUUCUCUGAUCUUCAAAGGCGUGGCCUUGAGAAGAGGUUUCAGAUACAAAAGUACAUUAGCAAGCCGGACCGUAAGAAACUCGCCGAGAAACUCGGUCUCAAGGAUUCUCAGGUGAAAAUCUGGUUCCAAAAUCGGCGAAUGAAGUGGAGGAACAGCAAGGAAAGAGAAUUACUGGCAACCGGUGGCUCGCGGGAGCAAACGCUGCCCAACAAGAACAAUCCGAAUCCAGACUUGAGCGACGCCGACGGGGACAGGCCGAGGAUGGACUUGAGCGACGUCAGCCCUCUGACAAGUCCUCAGCAGCCAGAGGAACAAACGGAGAACGAGGAGGACGAAGAGAUCAACGUCACGUGAUAGAAUCUCACGUAACGGCCGGUCGGAAACGUGUUGCUCGUUCGUCGAACGAGGAUCAAAAGAAUUCAAGAUUUAAGGAUUCGGAUACGGUGAUCGAGAUGCACCGGAGAAAAUCAAUGUAACGAAGCUUCACCUUCCUAGAUCCUAACUGGAAGAUCCUAUUGUGUUUACUCGAUGGAAAAAUCGUGGAAGAAUCCAGGUUCGUCCGUGAUAUAUUGAGGCGAAUCCGGGGUUGGUGCACAGAAUACUGUUGUUUUAAAUGAAAGGGUUUGACAAAUCGAACGUUUGUUAAACUUCCGCUGGCACUAUAGUUUUUUUAUCAACGUGGCUAGUAAUAUGGAUCUGUUAUGGUCAACCUUGAUUUUUAUUGUUGUUCUGUGAAAAUCUGAAAUAAUUCUAAGAUAACUGUGGUCUCUAAUUUAGUACACAAAUGAUACUGUAACUAAAUUUUCAUAUUGUUUUGCAAUAAAAAUUAAUAAUCGCACUGAUGUCGUGAAUAAACGAGAUUUUUCAUAAGGUUUUAAUGGUUCAUACUACCGGCGAAUUAUUAUAAUAUUAUUUAUGGUAUUCCAAAAUUCGCUUUGUUGUGACAUGUUAUGUAUGAAUGACGGAACAGUAAAAUUUUGAUUAUGCUAUCAUAGCAAAUAAUAAGGCAGGUCUAAAACAAAUGUAUCCGAUAACAGAGGUUCACUAGCUAUUGUUUUCGCAUAAUAAUUCUACUAAUUUCAAUAAUAUUGUUCAACAAAUUUUUGUUUAUGUUCCAAAAUUUACUAAACAAUUCUUGUACACUUUUGUAUACUAAAUAUGAUUCUGAAAAUCAUUGUUCUUCAUCGGGUAUAAUUUGAAUGAAAUUUAUCUAUGGAA